CGGAAGAGGCGGGCCUUAGCGCCAUCCCGCCCCGCGCCCCUUGUCAUUGGCGGCCCUGCUUGGAGGCACCGCAGGGACGGCGGCGAUGUCUUGCUGCGGAAGCGGCGCCGGAGGCCUCGGCCGCCUCCUUCUGCUCCUGCAGAAGAAUGGGGUACGGCACUGCUCCUAUUCAGCCACCCGGAAAAACCUGUACAUCACUAAAGAUACAAAGGUUAUUUGUCAAGGUUUCACUGGCAAACAGGGCACUUUCCACAGUCAACAGGCCUUAGAGUACGGUACCAAUUUAGUAGGAGGGAUUUCACCCGGCAAAGGGGGAAAAAGCCACUUGGGACUUCCAGUUUUUAAUUCUGUCGAGGAGGCUAAAGUAAAAACGGGUGCUACCGCCUCGUCCAUAUACGUGCCGCCACCCUUCGCUGCCGCUGCCAUCAAUGAAGCCAUUGACGCAGAAAUCUCCCUUGUUGUGUGCAUUACAGAAGGUAUUCCCCAGCAGGACAUGGUGCGCGUCAAACACAGGUUGCUUCGUCAGAACAAGACUCGGCUGGUCGGCCCAAACUGCCCGGGAGUCAUCAACCCUGGAGCAUGUAAAAUUGGGAUCAUGCCUGGACACAUUCACAAGAAAGGAAGAAUCGGCAUUGUAUCCAGAUCUGGCACUUUGACUUACGAAGCCGUCCAUCAAACAACUCAAGUCGGAUUGGGACAGUCCUUCUGUGUUGGGAUCGGAGGGGAUCCCUUUAAUGGGACAAAUUUUAUUGACUGCCUGGAUGUCUUCCUGAAGGACCCCCAGACCAGUGGGAUCAUAUUGAUAGGGGAGAUCGGUGGGAAUGCCGAAGAAGACGCCGCCGACUUCCUUAAACAAAAUAACUCUGGUUCGAACGCCAAACCCGUGGUCUCGUUUAUAGCCGGAGUCACUGCUCCUCCGGGCAGGAGAAUGGGCCACGCAGGAGCCAUCAUUGCCGGUGGAAAAGGUGGAGCCAAAGAGAAGAUUGCAGCCCUGCAGAACGCUGGGGUCGUUGUCAGCAUGUCUCCCGCCCAGCUUGGAUCUACGAUGUACAAGGAGUUUGAGAAGAGGAAAAUGCUAUGAGAAAAGAAUCAAAAAAAAUCACACACUCUUCACUUCCCUCCACUGUAUUCUCCGCGUACUCCUGUUUUAUUUGUCGGAAUACAGCAGCGCUCCGUCUUACGAAAGUCAAAUUUUAAGACCACCAGGGUUGAUUUUGGUGGGUUCUUGAUUUCACAUAUGAUUGUACAUCAAUAGUCAAUAAAUCAAUCUACUACUA